AUGCAGGCUGCGGCAGCUGCGUCCGUGCCCUUCUUGCUGCUCUGCGCCCUGGGGACCUGUCCUCCGGCGCGCUGCGCCCGGGCAGACGCCUCGUUGACGGAGCUGGGGAGGAGGAACGACAACCGCUUCCUAGAGCGCCAGAGCAUCGUGCCGCUCCGGCUCAUCUACCGCUCUAGCGCCGAGGACGAAACUCGGCAGGACGUGCUGGACACCCGAGUGCGGGGCGACCCCGGCGGCCAGCAGUUGACUCACGUUGACCAAGCAGCAUUCCAGGUUGAUGCCUUUGGAACAUCAUUCAUUCUUGAUGUCGUAUUAAAUCAUGAUUUGCUGUCCUCUAACUAUGUAGAGAGACACACUGAACAUGGAGGCAAGACUGUGGAAGUUAAAGGAGGGGAACACUGCUACUACCAGGGCCGGAUCCGAGGAAACCCAGCUUCAUUUGUUGCAUUGUCAACAUGCCACGGACUUCAUGGGAUGUUCCAUGACGGGAACCACACAUACCUCAUUGAGCCAGAAGAAAAUGACACGUCUGAAGAAGAUUUCCAAUUUCAUUCAGUUUACAAAUCCAGACUGUUUGAAUUUCCUUUGGAUGACCUUCCAUCUGAAUUUCAACAAGUAAACUUCACUUCACCAAAAUUUAUUUUGAAACCAAGACCCAAAAGGAGUAAAAGGCAGCUUCGCCGAUAUCCUCGUAAUGUAGAGGAGGAAACCAAGUAUAUUGAACUGAUGAUUGUGAAUGAUCAUCUCAUGGUAGGAUUUGAUAAGUUUUUUUAUAUGAACUUGUCCAUGCAUAGGGCAGGGUGAAACUUACAGGUUCAGAAAUAUGUUUAGAAGAAACAAAGGAGCCCACCAAGUUGUAACAUGGAGAGGUAUUUGUGUAACCAAACAUUUUUUGUUACCCAGUAAACAACCUGCAAGUAAGAAACACUUUUGG